AUGUCAGUUAUCAACGGAAUGCCCAUCAUCGACAGUUUUGGGUGCAAAGUCUGCUCCCUUAUUCACGUGUUGAUGCUCGGUGCGGCGGAAGAUCUCACUUGCUUGCUCUGUGAGAAGAUUCACGCGCUGCCGAGGAAAGAAGCUUCGUCAGAACUUCUAACAGUAAGAGCGCAACUGGAGACGAGGACGACGCAGACUUCGGAUCACUCGGACUCGGAAUGGAACGGCAUCGUCCAAAAAAGACCGAAACGCCCUCGCCCCAGUAAGGAAAAGAGGAAGAAGGAGAAAGAAGUUGCGCAAGAGCCGGCUAUCAAAAGAAAGAAAAAAUCGGAGAAGACGGCGCCGGAAUCGAGUCUUUUGAAAACUUGGAAAGAAGCUAAAGAAAAACUUUCAAAGAAAAACGGGGAAAAGAAGCAGAAAAAAGAGCGAAAGGCUUCUAAUGAGGAACACAUACCGCGGGCGCUUACCCGUCUGAUAGACGGUGACAAACCGAGAAAGAAGAAGAAGUCGUUUGAAGGGCCAAAACCACCCACGACGCGGAGCUCCAAGAGCGAGAAGCGAAAAAGAAAGCUUCCAGUUCGCGCGAAAAGAAAGAAAUCAAAACCUUCGGAAAGCGAAAAACCUAAUGAAGCCAAUUCUAAUGAGACGGAAGAAACUGAUGAAGACGAAACUGAGUUUCACGAUGAGAAGCGAUGCUUUACCUGUCGAAAGACAUUCAGUAGGAUGUCCGAAGAUCUUGUUCACGUACUAUGCGAUAGUUGUCAGCACUGGAUUUGCGGGAACUGCGCGCCGGAAGCUGCGGAUAUUUCCGCCAAGGACGUCUACACUUGUGAAUCCUGUGUUCGAAAGAAGGAAAAGGGCAAAUCUUUAAAGGACGAGAAGAUUCGAAAUGAUGAGCUAAUUAUGUUUUGCUCGAACACUUGGUGCUCGUAUGAACUCUCGCUUGCUGACAAACUAAAGGGUAAAACGUCUCUAACCGAGAAAACUCGAGCCAGCCAAAUCGAGCAGCUUACCACUCUCGUGAACAAGCAUGAAGUUACCUGCACCAAAAAUUUCAAGCUGAAUAAGCGAAUGAAAAGAAACGAAAUGGGGCGGGUGCAAUAUGUGGAUAUUGACAAGGAAGGGCUCGACCCUAAAGUCUCGGGAAGCAUGGUGAGCAAGAGAAUACUCGAGGACUCCAUGCCGUAUAUCAAGAUGGAGAGAAUCAAUCAUGAAUACGAGCAGCAAAUGGAGAAAAUCAAGAGCCCGCCGAUUGCCGAACCUUCGCCUCACGACUUCGACGACUUGUCAGAUUCCUCCGACGAGCAAGAAUUUAGCGACGACUUCUGA